CGACGGAAGCCGGUGGAGUUCAGAAAGAACUGUGUUGCUUCCGCGUAGUCAGGCGUUCACGGAUAGCGGCUGUAAUAAACCUUCCUAAAGUCAGAGGUCCGUCCCUGGCUAGCCGGGCGGAGGUCCGCGCUCGGUGACAGCUGCCGGUCCCCAGCUUCUUCUACCGCCAUGGCUUUGAGUGACAGUCCUCACCGGCUGCUGGGCAGAAUCCGCCUCCUCAACAGAUGCGUGGAAAGUUUUAAGAAAAGUGACCCGAUUCCCGAGAGCCUGUGUUAUAUUCCCAAGGAAGUUUGCUACAAGAUCUGCAAGGACUCCUCCGCAGCCUCGACCUCCGCCUCUGGAUCCUCGGCCGGUGGCUCCAAGACCGUCAUCGCUGUGUUUGACAGUCCUCAUCAAAACCCCCUCAACAAGAAAGUUUGCAAGUACAACAUCGAGCCAAAGAAGGGGACUUGUAUCCGGACCACGGGGGAGGAGUUCUGCAACAGCCAAGGCCUGUGGGUCAAGAUCAGUAAGGAGCAACUGGAGGAGCACCGACCUGGCCAGGAGCUGGAUGAAGGCUGGAUCCUGGUGUGUAAGCACGGGGACAGAGGAGACCGUCUCAUUCCCGUGGAAUCUCCGGACAACGCGAGCCGCCAGCAGCAGCUUUUCGGGUACGACUUCAAGCCCUGCAGCCGCUGGGAGCAGGUGGUGGAUGUGGAAAACGCCCUGUUUCUGGGUGCCAAGCCCAAAGUGGCUGAAGGGGACGAGGCUGCCAUCCAGAAGUUGAGGUCCGUCCCGCCUACCUGGACGUACGAGUGUGACGAGGACCUGGUGCACUGCUUCUACGAACACAUCGGGAAGGAGGACGAGAACCUUGGCAGCGUGAAGCAGUGUGUGACCAGCAUUGAGGUGUCAUCUUGUUCUGAGGAUCCCAACGGUGGAGCCAGUUGUCUGACUGAUGGAGACACAGAGACGUACUGGGAGAGCGACGGGAUGCAGGGGCAGCACUGGAUCCGCCUGCACAUGAAGAGAGGCGCCGUGGUCAACAAGUUGAUACUGACCGUCGACUCAACGGACGACAACUACAUGCCCAAGAAGGUCUCCGUUUACGGAGGGGAGGGGGACAACCUGAAGAAGCUCAGCAUGGUCGUCAUCGAAGACAAUCUGAUCGGAGAAGUGUGCGUGCUGGAAGACUUGACCUGCCACGUGCCCGUCAUCGAAGUCCGGAUAGAAGAAUGUCGAGAUGAGGGAAUAGACGUGCGGAUCAGAGGGCUGAAGAUCAAGUCGUCUUGCGAGAGAGACCUCGGGCUGAACGCUGACGUCUUCCAGUCGGCAAACCUGGUGAGGUACCCGCGCCUGCAGAGCAUGUCGACGGACAUCCUGUACCGCAGAGCCCUGGUCAUCCAGAGGUUCAUCUCUAUCUUGGACUCUGUUCUCCCUCACCUGGUCCCGGCCUGGGACUACAGCGUGGGCACCUUCAACCAGAUCAAAAGCAUCAAGCAGUUCCUGCUGCUGUCCAAGCGCCGCUCCGGCCUCAUCACUCAGUGCCUGAAGGACUCUGAGACCUGCAAGCCCAACCUCAUGCCACGCCUCUACAUUAACAGACGUCUGGCCAUGGAGCACCGCGACAACACUUCCCUCGACCCCAGCUGCAAGGACGCCGUGUUCAACCAGGUGUUUCAGGGACUCAAACCAUCCGACAAGUUCGAGAAGCCUUUGGAUUACAGGUGGCCGUCUCAUUACGACCAGUGGUGGGAGUGUAAAUUCAUCGCGGAGGGGAUCAUCGAUCAGGGCGGUGGGUUUCGGGACAGCCUGGCUGACAUAUCGGAGGAGCUCUGCCCCACUUCGGCCGAGUGUCCCAUGCCGUUACCGUUCUUCUCCAGGACAUCCAACCAGGGCGCCCUGGAAGCCAGAGAUUACUACGUUCCCAACCCGUCAUGUAAAGAGUUCCAGAAGUACGAGUGGAUCGGUCAGCUGAUGGGAGCUGCGCUGAGAGGCAAAGAUUUCCUGGUCCUGGCUCUACCUGGUCUGGUGUGGAAGCAGCUGACGGGAGAGGCAGUCAGCUGGAACAAAGACUUCCCUGCUGUGGACUCAGUGCUGGUGAACCUGUUGGACGCCAUGGAGAACAUGGACCAGAACACCUUUGAGUUGAGAUUCGGUGAGGAGCUGGUCUACACCACCCUGCUGAGCGACGGACAGAUGGUGGAGCUCAUCCCCGGCGGCAGCAGCGUGACUGUUGGCUACGAGGACCGCAAGGAGUUCAUCCGCCUGGUGCAGAAGGCUCGGCUGGAGGAGAGCAAGCAGCAGAUUGCAGCCAUUCAGACGGGGCUGCUGAAGGUGGUCCCGCAGGCGGUGCUGGAUCUGCUCACCUGGCAGGAGCUGGAGAAGAAAGUUUGUGGAGAUCCGGAGAUCUCUGUGGAAGCUCUCAAAAGGCUCACUCGGUACGAAGACAUGGAAAGCAACGACAUACGAGUUCAGUACUUGUGGGAGGCGCUGACCAACUUCACCAACGAGGAUCGAAGCAGAUUUCUGAGGUUUGUAACCGGCCGAAGUCGUCUUCCUGCACCCAUCUUUGUCUUCCCUGACAAACCAGGCGUUGAAACGACAGACGCUCUCCCGCGGUCUUCCACUUGCACCAGCACACUGUAUCUCCCCAGCUAUCCAAGCGCAAAAGUGUGUGAAGAGAAACUGCGAUACGCUGCGUAUAACUGCGUCGCCAUUGACAUGGACAUGGGUCCCUGGGAAGAGUGAUCUCUCUGCAGCGGAAAGUCUUCAGUCUGUUUUGUUCUGAAUUCAUUGCAGGCAUCUAUCAAAUUCAUAAUGUUAGCUGCAUGAAUGCCAAUGGGACACGGCUGUAUAUAAUAAAGAGCUUUA